CAUCUAUUGUCCAGUCUGCGUUCAGUCACCGCCGCGGUCAGACGUCAUGUACAAAGCUAUCGUUUAUUUAUUAUUGAUCGCCGCGUGCCGCGGGCAGCCCCGGGCGGCGCAGUAUAUAGUACCUAAUGCUCAGUUGGAGGCUAUUUACCCUAAGGGACUGAGGGUGUCAGUACCAGACGAUGGCUUCUCCCUCUUCGCCUUCCACGGCAAGUUGAACGAGGAGAUGGAAGGCCUGGAAGGCGGUCACUGGUCCAGAGACAUCACCAAGGCCAAGGAUGGAAGAUGGACGUUCAGGGACCGAGAAGCGCAGCUGAAGCUCGGGGACAAGAUAUAUUUCUGGACGUAUGUCAUCAAGAACGGCCUAGGGUAUAGGCAGGAUAAUGGGGAGUGGACUGUCGAAGAAUUCGUCUACGAAAACGGCACCAAAGCCGACACAGGCAACAACCCGAACUACCAACCAGAAAAACCACUACCAACCCCAACCUCCACCCCUAUCCAGCCCACCCAACCUCCCCCCAGUUGCCUACCGACCCCUACGGUAGUGCUGGGGAAGACCGUGUGUAAGGGGGCGCUUAUCUUUAGUGAAGAGUUUGAUAAAAGUGCCGUGAAAGAUUUGAAACUUUGGGAGGGGGAGAACAAGUUUCCUGAUGUGCCGGAUUACCCAUUCAACGUGUACAUGACGCGAGGAACGAUGGAACUGGAGAAUGGACAACUGGUCAUCAGCCCUAAGCUGUUGGACACUAUGUAUCAUGAAGGUUUCGUUCAGGAGUCCUUGGAUUUGAGCGAUAUAUGCACAGGCACCAUAGACACUGCACAGUGCAAGCGAGUAGCAAACGGAGCCGACAUUCUACCCCCUGUCACUACGGGGAAGAUCACCACCAAACACAAGUUCAACUUCAAGUUCGGCCGAGUGGAGGUGAUGGCCAAGAUGCCCGCUGGGAGCUGGUUGAUACCUGAAAUCAACCUAGAGCCCCGUGAAAACUUCUACGGUUACCGCCGCUACGAAUCCGGCCUAAUCAGGGUAGCCUUCGUAAAAGGCAACGCCGAGUUCGCGAAGAAACUGUACGGAGGUCCGGUACUGUCCGACACGGAUCCGUUCCGGUCGCAGUUGAUGAAGCAGAAAAUUGGCAUUGAGAAUUGGAGCAGUGGGUUCCAUAAUUACACCAUGAUAUGGAAACCAGAUGGCAUGGUGAUGCUGGUGGACGGUGAGGAGUACGGGAAUAUCGAACCCGGCGAGGGAUUCUACACAGUUGCGCGGCAGGCCGCCGUGCCGCAUGCCGGCAACUGGUUACGAGGAAGCAGUGUCAUGGCUCCUUUAGAUCAGCUGUUCUACAUCUCCCUGGGCCUUCGAGUGGGUGGUGUCCACGAUUUCGCGGACACCGCGGACAAGCCGUGGAAAAACAAGAACAACAAGGCUGUCCUCAAAUUCUGGGAAGCUAAGGACACCUGGUUCCCGUCCUGGCAUGACGCUAAUCUUAAGAUCAAGUCUGUUCAAGUUUACGCUUUAUAAGUACAAAAUUUAAAAAAAAGUCACUUCAAAACUUAUAGUAAACCUCUAUUUAACUACCGGCUAACGGGUCAUAAAAGGAAAUAUAAACUCGAUUCUAAAUUUAAAAUUUAAACGUAACUGGCUGGCAAUUUUUGAUCACGGGAAGUUGACAAAUACAAAUAAUUGAAAUUCGAAUAUCCUUAGUUCACCUCAUUUUUACGAGAUUCUCAAAGAGGUCACUAGAUGGCGCUGUGUUUAAUGCAUUGCUUAAAAUACCGUUAGAGUCAAACCAAGAUAAGUUGACAGCGAUUUUGAUAGCCCAGACGCUGCAAGUGUCAAGUAAACGUCAUAAUUACAUAGAAUUUUGACGUUUAAAAUAACCCUUGCACCGUCUGGGCUAUAAAACUCGCUGGCAACUUAUCUUACUUUGACUUUAUUAAUUUUUUGACUGUGAUACAAAUCUAUCCAAUUUUAAUAAUAUUGCUGUAGUGGACAAAACAAUGUUUACUUGUGGCAUAAUGUUACCUUGAAUGGUUUCAAGAAUAUUCCUAUUUACUGAAUUAUGUGUAUGUUAGUUGACAUAAUUGUAAGUAUGAGAAAAAGACUUCAUUAUGAAAUACUCUCUUUUUGUAGCAUAAGAAAGUGUUCUGAAAAUAAAAACACAAAUAAGAAACAAAUGCAUUUUAUUUAUGUACAGUCAGCAUCAAAAGUAGCGGAUCAAAUAACGUUUCAUAAGUUAACGGCACCAAUCAUGGAACAUUUAAGAGAAAAUUUGGAGUAUUUUCGAUAUUUUACCGACAUCUGUAAAAUUUCUACCGCUUUGUGCUUUAAAAGUUGAAUGUCCUAU